AUGAUAGUUGUGGUGGUGGUGAUAGUUGUGGUGGUUAUGAUAGUUGUGGUGGUGGUGAUAGUUGUGGUGGUAGUGAUAGUUGUGGUGGUGGUGAUAGUUGUGGUGGUGGUGAUAGUUGUGGUGGUGGUGAUAGUUGUGGUGGUAGUGAUAGUUGUGGUGGUAGUGAUAGUUAACAUGGUGAUAGUUGUGGUGGUAGUGAUAGUUGUGGUGGUGGUGAUAGUUGUGGUGGUGGUGAUAGUUGUGGUGGUGGUGAUAGUUGUGGUGGUAGUGAUAGUUGUGGUGGUGGUGAUAGUUGUGGUGGUGGUGAUAGUUGUGUUGGUGGUGAUAGUUGUGGUGGUGGUGAUAGUUGUGUUGGUGGUGAUAGUUGUGGUGGUGGUGAUAGUUGUGGUGGUAGUGAUAGUUGUGGUGGUGGUGAUAGUUGUGAUGGUGGUGAUAGUUGUGGUGGUAGUGAUAGUUGUGGUGGUGGUGAUAGUUGUGUUGGUGGUGAUAGUUGUGUUGGUGGUGAUAGUUGUGGUGGUGGUGGUGGUGGUGGUGAUAGUUGUGGUGGUGGUGAUAGUUGUGGUGGUGGUGAUAGUUGUGGUGGUGGUGAUAGUUGUGUUCCACGUGAUAGUUGUGGUGGUGGUGAUAGUUGUGGUGGUGGUGAUAGUUGUGGUGGUGGUGAUAGUUGUGGCGGUGGUGAUAGUUGUGGUGGUGGUGGUGGUGGUGGUGAUAGUUGUGGUGGUGGUGGUGGUGGUGGUGAUAGUUGUGGUGGUGGUGAUAGUUGUGGUGGUGGUGAUAGUUGUGGUGGUGGUGAUAGUUGUGUUGGUGGUGAUAGUUGUGAUGGUGGUGAUAGUUGUGGUGGUGGUGAUAGUUGUGGUGGUGGUGAUAGUUGUAGUGGUGGUGAUAGUUGUGGUGGUGGUGAUAGUUGUGGUGGUGGUGACAGUUGUGGUGGUGGUGAUAUUUGUGGUGGUGGUGAUAGUUGUGGUGGUGGUGAUAGUUGUGGUGGUGGUGAUAGUUGUGGCGGUGGUGAUAGUUGUGGUGGUGGUGGUGGUGGUGGUGAUAGUUGUGGUGGUGGUGAUAGUUGUGGUGGUGGUGAUAGUUGUGGUGGUGGUGGAGAAGAAUAAAUAG